GAGAUGCCUGAUACUAUAGACUCUGCCUUCUUCUAUGGCAGGGCUCAGAUCAUCAGUACUGCAGUAGUAGUCUCCUGCAGCAUCUUGGUAGGUGGUUUCUCUCUGAUGGGUCUUAGCCAGGGCACCAAGGAGAACCAGAACUACCAAGCCCUGGAGAGAGCCUCCAACAUGGGUACUAUAGAGGACCUGAGGCCCCCUGGACACCAGGAGAACCAGACCCCCCCACUGGAGCCCUCAGCAGCAGAGACCAGCAACAACAGUGACUGCUGUAGCUGUACACAGCCCGUGCCCGACAUGAGCAACGGCGCCACCAGGAACGACACUCCCACGUCUCUAACAGGCCAGUGUGGGGCGCUGUGUGAACCCCAGCAGCAGCAGUGUAGUCCACCGGUCCAGGAUGACAGACAGCUGGUCAGACACCGUCCUGUUGGUCUACUCCUCAUAGUUUCCCUGCUGGCUAACCUGUCCAGUUGUCUAUGGUGGUUGUUCAACCAGGACCCUGGUAGACUGUACCUGGAGCUGCAGUUCUUCUGUGCUGUGGCCAACUAUGGACAGGGCUUCAUUUCGUUUGGUAUCUUUGGCCUGGACAGGCAUCUGAUCAUUCUGCCAUUCAAGAAGAGGUUAGUGAGCCUGUGGCAGGGCAGGGAGAGUGCGGAGGAGCCCCUCUGUGGUUCCAGAGGAGAUCAGGCUGACCUGCACUCAGUUUGUCCGCUAUCAUAAGACCAGUGUGUUCAGGACAUAGUGCCCAUCAAAAGUGCUUCUGGGGAAAGCCUGAACAAUGGGACAGUGGGUGAAUCCUUCCUUUGAUACGCAGGUGUGAGGGAGAGAGGGUUCAGGAGAAGGAGCGCUCCAGGGAGAGACCUGGUCAGGGGACUUAUCCUCCAUCCCAGGCCCAGAMKCAGGCCACUUUCCUGGGCAGUGAUCUGGUGGACUGGCUGGUGAGGGCGGGUCUGUCCCGGGACAGGGGGGAAGCCCAGCUCUAUGGGGCUCAGCUCCAGCAAGGAGGGAUACUGCAACACCUCACACACCAGUUUGACUUCAGGGACGACCCCCUGCUACACUACCGCUUCACUGAGAGGAGCUGGACGCCACCGAUGGAGAGGAACAGCAGUAUGCCUCCUGUGGCCAUGUGAUGUUCCCAGAGAAGGAGGGAGGAAUGGGGGGGGGAUUACUAUUCAGCAGUGUUGUUGUCAAGUCACUAAACCUUGACUCCUAAGUCCUAAACCUUGAUUUUUAAGUCUUAAACCUUGACUCCUAAAUCCUGUAUUAGAAUAUUACAACACUGCUAUUCAGUGAGAUGAAACGUUCAGAUGGAAAUAUAAUGAGAUAGAGCUGACACCAUUUAGCAUUUCCCAUUCCCACAUAUCAGACAAUCAUAUCUGUUCCGUGUCAUACAUUUAUAUCUGAACAUUUCUGUAACGUUUGCACCCUCCUGAAUGGACCCGAGAAGAGAGAAAGAAUGGGUGGGCUUCGUCCAGGCUCUGGUCAAGAGUAGUGCACUAUGAAGGGAAUAGGGCUCUGGUCAAGAGUAGUGCACUAUGAAGGGAACAGGACUCUAGUCAAGAGUAGUGCGCACUAUGAAGGGAAUAGGGCUCUGGUCAAGAGUAGUGCACUAUGAAGGGAACAGGGCUCUGGUCAAGAGUAGG